AGAAAGACGGAGAAAGAAAGAAAGAAAAAAGUAAGUAAAGCAGGUUCAGUCAUUCAAUACACCUGCAAGCCAACAGAGGGCGACGGAGAACCAUAACAUUCUGCAGGAAUGUCUUUCCGGAGAAAGUGAAUGCACAACGACAAAUAAAACUUAAGAAACUGCGACCAAAAAUGAUAAAAACAGCUCAGGUUUGGAGACAACGUCAGAGAAGGUGAGGUGGAGAUGGUUUGGACACGGGCUGAGGAGUAAAGGUGGAGAUCCUGGAGCUGUUGGAGAAGAUCCUGGGUUGUAGACUAUGUUUCUAUCUCCUUCUUCACUAUCCUAGUGGUAAGGGUUGUUAUCAGAGGAGCACAGGUUCAAAUCCCACAUGGUUGGCAGUGGUGUGUUGAACUGAAUGUGUCCACCUUUCCCCAGGGAGGGUAAAAGAUGCAUAUGUUCAAUGACCAAUGUCUUCUUCUCCUUCUUGUUCUCAUGUGCAGGUUCUCUGUCUUCCAGGUCACUUUAUUGUAAAAAUUCAGAAGUAGACAACUGAACAUUGUGUUUGUCCUGUAGGGGGCAGACCUGCACAUGUAGAAGAGCAAAGCUGACAUGUCCAUCUCUGAAAAUUUACUUUAUAUUGUGUAUACAUUAACACACAACCAGCAGGUGUCCUCGUCAUCCCAGCCAUCCUCCAAUUACAAGGGUGUCCCUUUAACCAGCAGAGCCGCUCAACUGAACACCCACAAACAGGACAACCCAGUUGGACACAAGCUCAGCCCAGUCCCUCAGGUGGCACUGACCUGAGCUCGGCACAAAACAGGUCCUGUAACCACGUCAGGCUGUGGUCACCUGCUCCAUGGUGUGUUCACACACUAAGACAAUAAGAACUAGAAGAACAGUUAGAAGUGAAGAGCCUCUUGGACCAGAUGUGAAACCAGCCCAGUAAUGGACCUCUGACUCAUUGACAACAGUCAACAACAUUUAUAUACUGUAUUUUAUAUUUUUUUCUUGCAGUACUAGUCCUAGAGAACAAAGAUGAGAUUGGUGCUGCCUGUGCUGCUCAGCUCGGUUCUGGUGCUGGUCACUGCCUCAGACUGGGAUGACCACAGACAUGAUGGACAAGAGUCUUCUCCAAACAACGACAUGUCUCCGUGCAACUGGAAAUGUCUUCUGUUCACACUGCAGUGGCCGGGCAGCUUCUGUCUGUCUCUCAGCAAGGGGACAGGAUGUAGGAUUCCUCAGAGCAUCAACACCUGGACCAUCCACGGCCUAUGGCCUGUUCAUCCAAACAGCUGCUGCGACUGCUGGCACAUGUAUCCCUCAGAUGUGCAGGAGCUGGAGGAGGAGCUGACUCAGCACUGGCCGUCCUUGCUGAAAUCCAAAAGCAAUUUUCACUUCUGGAGGGACGAGUGGAAGAAGCACGGAGUGUGUGCAGCCUGUGCGGAAGGAAUGAACUCUCCUUUCAAAUACUUCCAGAUCUGCCUGAAACUACAGAGACAGCUUGAUAUUCAGAAAUCUCUGGAAGAUGGUGGCAUCACUCCAUCCUGUCAGCGACCCUACAAGUUGGCAGAAGUGAAAAGCAUUCUGAAUCCACAUCUGGGCAGCAGAUAUGAGAUCCAGUGCAUCACAGACGAUCAGGGAAGAGAGGUGUGGUUCCAGGUGAAGACCUCCAUGUCUCGGAACCUGACCACCAGCUGUCAGUACCAUGAUGACUCAGAGGAGCAAUGGUCCCGUGGUCCCAGGCGGAGCUUUUCUCAUGCACAUCCGUGUCCUCCUCAGCUGCCGUUCUACUAUUUUCCCAUAAACCACGAGCAACCAGAUCAGCCGUGUAACUGAUGCUGAGAGCAGAGACCAUCACUCUACACUCACUCACACAAAUGAUUCACCUUCAUGUCUUUUCUCAUGAACCUGCCAGUUAGAACCAGAAUCUGGUCCUGUUUUAUUCUGGUUGAAUGUCGGGGCUGUAGCGGCGUUACAACACUGACUGUGAACAUGUUCCUCUUCUGUCUCCUCUGUGACGUUGAGCUACAAAUACUUUUAUUUUUAACAGGACUCUUUAAGACGUGACCAGGGGAGGGGUUUCUUUUGCUGGGAGAGAUAUUUUUCAAAACAACAAUUAAUUUUGUGCCAAAAUCAAUAAAAUUAGUAGUUUUAUGUCUGUGUUCCAGUACUUCAGUGUUUCUGCCACAUUAUUAGAUACUCAUGUUUAAAAAGUCUGAAUAAACUAAUAUCUACCUGUAA